AUGGAUGAGAGUGAUCAAAAAAGUGAAGACUUUGAGGAUAUCAGUCAAGAUGAAGAAGAACCAAGUGAGGCUAAUGAAGAGACUGAUGAUGAAUUUGAACCGUCACAAGAAGUCAAAACAACACCCAAAAAGAGAACAAAGACAAUUCCCAUAGUAACAAUAACUGGAAGAUUCGCUAAAUAA